AGGGCGCCGCGGAGCUGCUGCUCGGCGCGGCGAGCGGAAGAUGGCGGCUCCCACCGUCAGCAAGGCAGCCGCGCUGGGCUGCAACAACAAGCCUGCCUUCCCGGAGCUGGAUUUCAGGUCGGGAGCCCGGGUGGAGGAGCUGAACAAACUCAUCCAGGAAUUCACCAAGCACGACCAGCGGGAGUACGACGACCAGCGAGCGCUGGAGAUCCACACCGCCAAGGAUUUCAUCUUUUCCAUGCUGGGAAUGGUACAAAAGCUGGACCAGAAACUUCCGGUGGCCAACGAGUACCUGUUGCUCUCUGGAGGAGUCCGGGAAGGUGUGGUGGACCUGGAUUUAGAUGAGCUGAACGUCUAUGCCCGGGGCACUGACUACGACAUGGACUUCACCCUUCUGGUGCCCGCCCUAAAGCUGCACGACCGUAACCAGCCUGUGACGCUCGACAUGCGCCACUCCGCCUUGUGCCAUUCCUGGCUGAGCCUGCGGCUCUUCGACGAGGGGACAAUCAGCAAGUGGAAAGACUGCUGCACCAUUGUAGAUCACAUCAACGGCGCCACCAACUACUUCUUCUCCCCCACCAAGGUGGCCGACUGGUUCUACGAUUCUAUCAGCAUUGUCCUGUCGGAGAUUCAGAAGAAGCCCCAGCGGGGGAUGCCAAAGGUGGAGAAGGUGGAGAAGAACGGGACCAUCAUCUCCAUCAUCCUGGGCGUGGGGAGCAGUCGCAUGCUGUACGAUAUCGUCCCUGUGGUGUCUUUCAAAGGCUGGCCCGCAGUGGCCCAGAGCUGGCUGAUGGAGAACCACUUCUGGGAUGGGAAGAUCACGGAGGAGGAAGUCAUCAGUGGCUUUUACCUGGUCCCCGCCUGCUCCUACAAGGGCAAGAAGGACAAUGAGUGGCGACUGUCCUUUGCCAGGAGCGAGGUGCAGCUGAAGAAGUGCAUCUCCAGCAGUCUCAUGCAGGCCUACCAGGCCUGCAAGGCCAUCAUCAUUAAACUCCUGUCCCGGCCCAAGGCCAUCAGCCCCUAUCACCUGCGGAGCAUGAUGCUCUGGGCCUGUGACAGACUUCCCGCCAGCUACCUGGCGCAGGAGGACUAUGCAGCCCACUUUCUGCUGGGCCUCAUCGACGACCUUCAGCACUGCCUGGUCAACAAGAUGUGCCCCAAUUACUUCAUCCCGCAGUGCAACAUGCUGGAGCACCUGUCAGAGGAGACGGUCAUGCUGCACGCCCGGAAGCUGUCCUCGGUGCGCUCAGACCCUGCCGAGCACCUGCGCACCGCCAUCGAGCACGUCAAGGCGGCCAACCGACUGACCCUGGAGCUGCAGCGGCGAGGGAGCACCACCAGCAUCCCCUCCCCACAGUCCGACGGAGGGGACCCCAGCCAGCCCGAUGACCGCUUGGCCAAAAAACUGCAGCAGCUGGUGACUGAGAACCCGGGGAAGUCCAUCUCUGUCUUCAUUAACCCCGAUGACGUCACCAGGCCGCAUUUCAGAAUCGACGAUAAAUUUUUCUGAGCGCUUUGCUGAUUUUCCUCUCCUCCCAGUUCUGUAACUCAUCCUAUGUGGAGUGGUUUGUGGUUCUAUCUUUCCAUUUUUUACCUAUCCAGCUUCAAUUGGAUUUGUUCAGAACGAAUUCUGAGUUUCCUGGUUCUGAUGGCUGGUGCAGGCGCUGAAACAGUGUGUUACUAUUUCAUGUUCUGCCUCUGAUUUUGCGGUUUACGUCUUCUAGUUCUCGUCACGUGGUUUUGUUUGUUGUAUUUUCCUGUUGUUUGUUUAAAGGAGGACUUGAGCCAUAGAUGGAGAUGCCCAUGAUUCCUGUUGCUUUUUCUGUUUGGUACUCUGCGAAUUUGUCAAUGGGUCUUAGGAAACAAAUCUCUUUCUGAUACUUCAGGAUUCUAUUAUAUAUUUUAUUUCUGUCUUUAUUUUUCUAAUGACUUUUCAUAACUAGGAACAUUUGAGAAUCGUAAGUACCCGAGAACUGCCUGGCACGGGUUGGAUUUCUUGCUUCCUGACUAGGAGCCAGAAGCGCUUUCCCUUUUUCUGCCGAACAAUGUCAACUUUGAAAGUCAUGCUACAAAUACGGCUUCACUGAAUGUAACUGUGCUCGAAUCAGCAAACGUUGGAGGGUUUGGAGGGUGCGUGGUAGCUUACUGAACAGAGUUAAGGUUUCCAAAUGUUAGUUUUAGCGUAUGUAAUUAUUUGAAGCCUUAUUUAAAUCCUAUUAAAGAACAUACCAUUAUAAUUGUUAUUUGCACUAAUGAAAUCUGCCAUUGUCAGAGUUGUGAUGCGUGUUUCCGUAUAAAUUAACAUUCACUCUUGAAAUGCUUUCAUGUUUUCAGUUUGCCUGUUUCUCUCAGUCAAUUAGAACAAUUUUUUUUUUAACAUUUUUUUUUUUUAGUUCUCCUUUAAUUGUGGGUCCUGUUAUGGCCUUUUGAUAUUCCUGGUUUCUAUGUCACUGAGAGAAGUUUUUAAAGCUUUAUACCUACUCAUGGACUCUGUCUAAAGCUGAGAAAGUUAUAUACUUGAUAAAGUAGGUGUCUUUGUAUUUAUUUCUUUUGGGGUUCUAGAGAUAAGCUUUUUAAUAAAGGCUCUUAACUUCUCCUGAGCUUUUGAGGAAAACUGGCAGGAAAAAAAAAUUAUCAUCCCACAAGUAUACAAUAGCAGUGCUGUUCAACAGCAGGGCUUGCGGUAGAGCAGGAACCAGGACGUGUCUGUGGGUGGCGGCAUUGGAGUACGGCUGUCCUGUCUUCAUGAAUGAAAUCACUUACCCACUUUCGGUGCUGUGAGGCACUGGCUCCCAGAUUCGGUUUGGACUCGAGGUAACUGGUGCUUGAGGAGUCAAGGAGCCGGCCCAUCUCCCGGAGGAUGCCCAUGAUAUCUGCUGAUGGAAAAGUCGGGCGACAUACUGGUUUUAUUCUUGAAUGUCCAGGCUCAUACUUUUUGGAUUAUGGCCGUUUGGAAUCAGACACAUGUGGUCUUGGGUUUUUGCAUGGGAAUUAAUGUAAUGCUUAUAAAAUGAAAAUGAAAUCAUUCAACAAUCUUAAGUCAGACACAAAGAUAAUAAUAAAAAAGAAACAUACUGGCC